CAUCUAAAGGCAUCACGUCAAUGAAAGACGGGGAGAAAAGGAACCUUGAAGAGUAAUUCCUGACUCUACCAGGUUGGAAAAGCCAUCACUGAGAUAUCACCAUGUCAGUCGAGAACACAUCUAUGACUACUGAAUACGACUACUCCUUUUUCUAUGAGUAUAAUGAAACCUGCCCUCCUGAUGACUUGAGCAGUGUAAAGGACUUCAAGCAAGUGUUUCUCACCCCUCUCUAUAGUUUGGUUUUCAUCUUGGGCUUCAUAGGUAAUGCACUAGUGGUGUGUGUCCUGGUGAAGCACCGCAAUCAGAGCAACUUGACAGACAUCUGCCUCUUCAACCUGGCUCUCUCCGACCUCCUCUUCAUCUUCACGCUGCCUUUCUACUCUCACUACGUCAGGGUCAGCCGGUGGAUAUUUGGAGACUUCAUGUGCCGUUUAAUCUCCGGCUCUCACCAGACUGGCUUCUUCAGCAGUAUCUUCUUCAUGGUUGUCAUGACGCUGGACCGCUACAUGAUCAUCGUGCACGCUCACAGGGUUGCACGUUAUCGCACGAUGAGGGCAGCCAUCAUUCUGACUGUGUUUGUUUGGAUGCUGAGCUUGUUUGUGUCUCUGCCGGAUUUUAUCUUCACAGAAGCAAUGAAAAAUGAUUCAGACUCCCAAAGGUUCGAGUGUGACUAUCCUCAGAAUAGCACAGUCUGGGAGCGCUAUGACCUGUUCACCGUAAAUGUGCUGGGCCUCGUGAUUCCCUUGUUGGUGAUGGUAGGUUGCUACUCCAGGAUCAUCCCCACGCUGGUGACCAUGAGGACCACAAAGAAGCACCGCAUAGUCAAGCUGAUCAUCUGUAUAGUGGUUGUAUUUUUCUUGCUCUGGGCCCCAUACAACAUUUCCCGUUUCUUGAAAUUUCUCCAGGAUAGAAACAUAAUCCCAAGCGAUCACACCUGGUACAAAAAUGUAAGGAUGUCAAUAACAGUCACCGAGGCUUUUGCUUAUACUCACUGCUGCCUGAAUCCCAUCAUAUACGCUUUUGUGGGACAGAAGUUUAUGAGAAGAGCCUUGCAGCUGCUGAAAAAGUUGGUGCCUGGUUACAGCAGAGGUUUGUCUGACAGCUCAUUCAGGAGAAGCUCAGUUAUGUCCAGGUCCUCUGAAGUCACCUCCACUAAUGUGAUGUAGAAGCUGGGGGCAGCUAUAAUUAAUUUGGCAUGAAUGCUUCA